UUGCAAACUGCUGCAUCGCCGCGGUAGCACGCACGCCGCCGCUGCGCGUGAUAUCGGCGGCAAUAAAAACGAAAAAAAGACCGACAAAAACAAAUCGAAUCGAUAACGAAUCAGAUGCGGUACGGAACGAAGUUUUGAAAAGAACACUGUUUACAAAACUUUUUCUUGGAGCCGACGUUUUAGCACGGCGAGUUUAAGUAUCGAAUGAUAGUUAACGAGUUGCUAGAUAUUUCUUCGCGGAAGUGUGUGUUAGUGGUUGAACUGGCAUGGCCUUUCUGGAAGGUCAAGGAAUAUUGGUGGCUGUAAAUGUUAUGGAAAUGAUUACUAAACGAUCCGUUGGUGUCACAGCUGUGCAGUGAAUAGUAAAUGAUAUAUCUGUCUCAACAAUUUCAUGAUCCUCCUGAAAUUCAACGAGGAAAUGAUGUUGGAAGUACCAGAUAACAUAUCAGAGGCUAGUUUCAUUACUAGCGUAGAGGAGGCGGUUAGCCGCGACCAGUGCACCCAGACUCCCCCAAGUGGCAAGCCCAAACUACGGUCACUGCAGAGGUACCACACGUCCGAUCACUUGUACGAUCGGCCUCACAGGGCCCACAGAUUAAAACAUGAUUGUCGACCGAAGAGUUUGGGUCUGAGUGACUCGUACCCACUGUUCUCUAAGCCACCAUGCUAUGACAGCGGCCCGCCAUCAAAAUUUAAAGUGAGUGCAACAGACAGUCCUACAAUUUCGAUAACGCCGACUCACAGUUUGGACUACGUCCCCAAGAACGGAGGAAGUCCAAACGGCGGUGCAACGCCAAACGGAAUGGUGUCCACCAGACCGUCUACCACUGUAUUGUUAAGCCCUGGAUACCUCAACCCUUGUCAAUGUAACCAGUCAAUGAAAAGCGUGAGUGAGUUGGCGCUGACGAUGCCCACGUCGCCAGGAUGGAACGAGGAGGCGCCGGUUACUGGCACCGGCCUCUCUGAUGGCUUGUCGUGGAGGCGACUGCACAUGUCCCGGGCCAAACUCAAAGCGACUGCAACCACCUCAGAACUAUUAUCAGGUUUCGCUAUGGUGGCAAUGGUAGAAUUGCAAAUCAACGAGCCUACAAACGUUCCUGAGUGGUUGUUCGUGAUGUUCGCGGUCUGUACCACCGUUCUAGUGGCGGUCCACAUUUUCGCUCUUAUGAUCUCCACGUACCUCCUGCCUAAUAUAGAUGCUGUAAGCAAAAUGGAAUCACCGGGUGGACCAGGAGUGGCCCUCAGAGAUUCACCUCAUGAGAGAAUGAGGGGUUUCAUAGAACUGGCGUGGGCGUUUAGUACAGUUUUAGGUCUCUUCCUGUUUUUAGUAGAGAUAGCCAUACUUUGCUGGGUGAAAUUUUGGGACUAUUCAUUCGCAGCCGCCACCGCUGCUACCGUCAUUGUCAUACCAGUGCUAAUAGUGUUUGUGGCAUUUGCGAUUCACUUCUACCACUCACUAGUGGUACAGAAAUGUGAAACCUCUGUACAAGACAUCGAGCAGCUGGAGAAUAUGAAGAGAGACUUGGAUACGGCUACAGUUAAGGUCAACUUAUUUUGAGAACUAAAAACACUGUUAUUUUUCUCCUUGCAAACUCUACAAUCUCUAAAGAUUGCAGGCUUAAUAAUAUAUGGAAAUGGUAAAUCAAAAAAACAAUUUCAAAUAUAUACAGUACAUUUCAUAAAAUAAUUUGUAGUAAUGCAGUUUAUUAUUAAAGUGGGCGAUAUGGUUGACAUGAAUUUUGUCUCCAUAAAAACGAAGUUCGAAUUUGUUCUAAUUUCAAGAAUUUGUUAGAUUUUCAUUCUCUCAUAGAAGAUGAUUUUAAAAUAUCUUUGUUUUAAGCUAAAUUUUUAGUGCCUAUGCUCAAUUAAUUGAUUUUCAAAAUAAAUAUGUAUAUCAAUUAUUAGGUAUCUACUAUUUAAUAGUUUUGUAUUUCUAUAUCUAUCUAACGUUGUAAAAAGUAAAUAAUUGGACAACAUUAGUGAUAAAAAAAAAUAAAGGUUAAAAUAAAUACGCCUAAGGCAUUCCGAUUAAGUUAUUAAGAUUUUUCCAUUUGUAUGUGUACAAUUUAUAAAGAACCGUCAAAAGUGAACAGAAUUUGUACUGUUCAGAAAUUUUUAUUAAUGUAUAAUAUGGUGCUGUAUAUUUUGUAUAUACCUAAGUUAAUUAAUAUUUUGCCAAUAAAAAAUAUAAUUAAUAUUAUAGGUGCAAUUAAUAUAAUAAUAAGUAACAACAUAAUAUAUGAAUUAUUUAUGUAGAUUCAAAAUUCAUAAUUUGGAAUUAUAACUCAUUUAUUUAUUUUAUAAUAAACUAUUUCACAAGAUUCAUCCUUUAAUAAGUAGGUACCUAAAAUGAUGAUAAUAAUAAUGUCAAUUAUAUAACCAAUAAAAGACUGUAUAUAGUAGAACCUUGGGGUUAAAAUACCUAAUUUCCGCCAUUCAUAAUUAACGGCGUAAGUGUAUAUCUAGUUAGGCCGCCAAUAUACUCGUAUAUACUUGGCAAGUUGUCAGGUUACCCGAAUGCGAUUACGUUCCGAUGACGAUUAGCGCAUUUGGUUACCUGCCCUCUACGGAGAAAACCGUCUGUAUAUAUGUAGCCUUAGCUGACUUUAGCUAUUUUAACACUCUUAAUAGUAAAUAUACAUCCAAUACUUAUUUGCAUUGAUAAUAUAACACAAACUGUCAUUUAUUUCUCCUAUUUGUCAAUAAUUAAAUAGUGAUAGAAUAUGAUGAAAUUUUGUAUAUAAUGAUGUUUGUUAAUCAGCAGGACUGAAUAAUCAACAAAAAUAUAGAAAUUAUAAAAUAUAGUGUUAAAACAUUAUUCCCUAAUCGUAGUU